GGGUCCUGUUCGUUGUUCGUGGCAACCUGGUUCGAUUCGCCAGCUAUUAAUAUCCGCUUCCGCAUCACUUCAUCCCAUGGCCCAUGGGUAACCUCUGUAUUGGUUGUUGCCAAGUAAGUUGCCAAAGCACAAUAACAGACAGAACAGAAGGACGACGCUUAAGCCAAAAAGACGCAGCACUGCACUCGAUUUAGUUCUUUACGCAGCUCAAGUAAGAUGACGGAAAGUUCCUCCAUGGAGGAUGGGUCCAUGACGAUCACAGCCUUGCGCAAAAUGAGUGCAGGUGCAGACACUACUUUUAACAGCGACGAUGACGAUGCUUCAGGACUCUCCUGGGGGACCGGGAAUAACUCGUCCUAUAUCAAGCGACUGAGUGGCAUUCGAGGGUCCUUGAAUACCGUUGGACGGAGGGAAUCCAUGAAGGAGUUUGCACAACGAUCCCAAGAGUUCAAGAGUGAGAUCAAGAUUCUAGCCAACAGCUUUGAACGAAAAAUGUCGGUGCGUUACAACAAUGUUACCAAGGAAUUUUCCGUCAACAAGUUGCAGUUUCACCGACUGGAAUUGGUUGGACGAGAAAACGAAAAGGAAAUCUUGAAGGAACGACUCUUCAGUCUCAAUGAAAGAGUCCUCCAAGAUCAGGCAGAACAGGCAGCUAGGCCCUUCUCGAGAGCUCCCUCCGAGAUGCGUACUUCGUUGACCAAUGGAAGAUUCUCCUCUAGUCGAUCCAGUCUGGCAAAUGCUGAUCAGGCAAGGCCCCAUUCACGUUCUCCCUCGGAUAUGCGUACUUCCUUGAAGAACGGAAGAUUCUCCUCGAGCCGAUCUACUCUGGCAAAUGGUGAACGGAAUCACGGCAGCCCUGGUACAAUGGUCGGACAUCGAGAGCUCAUCAUGAUCACUGGGGUAUCGGGUUCGGGCAAGUCGGCUCUGGCUCAAACACUUGAAGAUCAUCUCAACCAACAGAAAAUGGGCGUCUUGGUUCGUGGCAAAUUUGACCUCAAGGCAGCAGAGGAGCCUUAUUCUACCAUUAUCAGUGCUUGCCAUGAUUUGGGAGUCAAGAUUCUGAAGCUAGCUGGCCGUAUGGAUGGGCUCGAUGAGAAUGGAGGAGGAGGAGCGAGAAGCAACAAGCAAUCCUACAGGGAGAUUCGAGACCAACUCCGCCGAGAACUGGUCGGUAUGGAAUUGCAAAUGCUGGUGCAUACCAUACCAAUUCUCGGUGACAUUCUCAUGGACCGAGUUGAUUUAGAUUUAGACGACAUGGACCAGUCAAACUAUACCACUGGUGAACUGAUCAACAGAGCCUCUCAGCUUCGGACCAGCCAGCAGGGAAGCAAUCGCAGCAGAGGAGUGCACAACAGCAUUCAAAUGGGCACCCGCAGUGGUGGUGGUGGAGGUCCCAUGGUGGAGGGCCAGACACAAGAAAUGCUGGAAUCAGCAUUCCGAAAGUUCUUUCGGACAAUCAGCUUCUUCUUUGCUCCAUUGGUUCUUGUCUUGGAUGACCUGCAGUGGUCGGAUAUCAGGACACUUGAGCUGCUCAAGCUAUUGCUUUCGGACACCACCAAUCCACAUCUCAUGGUAGUCGGCUGCUACCGAUCUGAUGAAGUAGAGGAAACACACAAUCUGGCACAAGUCGUUCGUGACUUGAAGCAUGACAGCCAGAACAUCGGCUUGACCGUCACGGAGCUCCACAUUGGCAACUUGACUCCCACGGAUUCAAACGAAAUUGUCAUGACGUUGCUGAACAUCGAUGACCAAGCAAAAACACAAGAGUUAUCUGACCUAUGUCAUCAAAGGACCAUGGGAAACCCAUUUUUCUUUCUCAUGUAUGUGGAAAUGCUGAAUCGGGAUGGAUUGCUCACAUUCAACUUGGGAACCUUUUGUUGGGAGUGGGAUAUUUCCAAAAUCAAAGCAGCCACUGGAGCCACAGCCAAUGUAGUGGACUUGAUGACAGAAAAGUUCUUGAAACAGUCCAAAGAAUUGGUCCAUUUGCUCAAGCUGGCUUGUUGUUUGGGGAAUAUCUUUACAGGGGCAGUACUGUUUUUGGUAUGGGCCAUGUCACCAGACGUCAUCAAGGCAAAUGAUGAAGGAACUGCUAAAGAUGAGCUCUUUCAUCAAUUGCUGGAAGAAUCCAUCGAAGAGAAGUUCCUAGAACGAUGUGAUGAAGGCUUGCGAUGGACCCAUGACAAGGUCCAAGAAGCUGCUAUGAUGCUGGAGCCGCAAGAAGACUUUGAAGCAAGAAAGUACAAAGUAGGGCAUACUCUCUAUACCUGCUUGGACGGAGAGGACUUGGAAGAGUACUUGUUUUGUAUUGUCAAUCUGCUGAAUGAAGGGUCUGCUCACAGAUCCGCAGAGCUUGCUGAGCUCAACCUAAGGGCUGCCAAGAAGGCCAAGAUCUACAACGCUGUAUCCCUUCAGUCGAUGUACUCUGAAUUAGGUAUCGCCAACCUACCCAAUGAUUGCUGGACUAGUUGCAAGGACCUAGCCCUGGAACUCCACAUUGUCCGAGCGGAAGCAGCCAGCAGCAUGGGAGAAUUCCAAACUAUGGAACAGAAUUGCAAUGUUGUGUUUAGUCAAAAGGAAUGUUCAGUUCUAGACACGAUCCCAUGUCACAAGGUUUGGAUUCAUAAGUUUGCCAGGCAUGGAAAUUACCAGGAGGCUUUGAAACUUGAAAUCAAUGUGCUGGAGAAGCUGGGAUGCAGGAUUCCACGCAGACAGCUUCCUCAAGCACUGACAGCCAUAUCAACUCUACUCCGAUUCAAACGAAAGCUCAAAGAGAUUACUCCAACGGCUCCAGAACUACAGAAGAUGCCCUUGAUGACUGACCCUGUUCACAAGAACGCAAUGUCAUUGCUGGCAUCAUUCAUUUUGCAUGCAUAUGUGACACAAAACUCUUUGCUUUGGUUGCUAGGAACCAUUCGAAUGGUCCAUCUUACACUUGAACAUGGCUUGGCGGAUCAAUCACAACUUGCUUUCUCCUCAGCAGGAGUCAUGAUUAUGCAUGCCUUGGGUGACUGGGAAAUGGGAAAGCACUAUGCGACACUUGCUCUCAAAAUGCAUGACAAACUAGAAGAGAGAUCGCAUCGAUCAUCAACCAUGUGUGCAUCGCAUGGCCUUGUUAUUGCCUGGAUGCAUCCGAUGCAGGGUCAGCUUCGGUGGAUGAUGGAGGGGUACAAGCGUGGGAUGCAGCUUGGUGAUAUUGAAUGGGCGUUCUCCAACAUUACUGUCUAUGUUGAGAUGGGUUUGAUAUCUGGUCUGCAGCUGCAUGGACUCUCUGAUGACAUCCGAAUCUACCUGUCGCAGUUUGAGAGUAUGAGCACCAAUGGUGACUAUUCCAGGAGAACACGUCUUAUCUGGCAGACAGCAAUGAAUUUGAUGGGUGAAUCGGAAAGCACAACACUGCUCUGUGGAUCAGCAAUCUCAGAGGAUUACCUUUUGGAGGAGACAUCAACCAUUUCAGGAACCUUUUCAAGCCUGCUUAAGAGUUUUCUUUGUGUACACUUUGGCGAUCAUGAGAAAGGAGCAGCACUUGCUCUCAAGAGAGGCAACAGUGUGUACGAACUGAGUCCUGGUCACCCCUUGGGGAUGGUGGAUCCGUUUCUACGAGCCAUGUCACUCUAUGCCAUGGCUAGAAAAUCAAAGAAGUCCAAGUCCAAGUACCAACGUCAUGCCAACAAAGCACGGAAAGCUGUGAAAGCCUGGCUGAAGAAGGGCAACCCAAAUGUGUAUCACCAACUUGAGCUCCUCAAUGCUGAACGAGCUGCCCUCUCCAUGAGCCAAGACACCAAUGAACUGUAUUACAAGGCUGCACGACUGGCAGUUCGAGGGGGGUGGAUUCAUGAUGCUGCAUUGGCAAGUGAACGACAUGCAGAAUACAUGCUUGAGCAGCAUGACAAGGAGGGUGCAACCAGCAAACUAGAAGAAGCAGUUGAGAGAUACAGCACUUGGGGUGCAACCAAGAAAGUCUCUCAGCUGCAAGACAUGUACUCUGACCUUCUUGAUUUUUAAGCGACAACCCUCGAGGAUUGACAAGUUUGGUGGGGUAUCAGAGUCACGGCUUCGCAGGAAAGUCCUUCUACAUGGAGUGCGCCAACCUGUUGCUUGCUGAUGCAAACCACCAAUCAACAUGGACCCGUGCCAUUGACUACAUGUCAAUUUUUAUGCUCUGGGCAUCCCACUACAAACUAGUAGCUUGCUCACUGUUCGUAUUACUUUUGUCUUUCUAUAUCUUUCUGUAGCUAGCUUGACAUCUAUUCCAC